AUCCGCUUUUCACCGACGACGUGGCGCGAGCGAUCUCAACGGUCCAGAUGUCCUGCCUCCAAGAACCAUCUGACGUCCCAGAAGAAUCCACCAAGGCGGAAACUUAUCGAGAAACAAACGGCCUAGAAAGUGCCACGUGUCGUCCACGAUGUGAUAAUAGAAGAAAGAUCCAACGGACGCGGCAUUCUCUUCCCUAACACAGGCAUCUCUCUCAAGAAAAACCCUAGUCCUGGUGGAGGAGGAGAGGGAGCUUCAAAAAUCUGGAAUUUCCCAGAAUGCCCUCCUGUCCGUAGCUUAAUUUCUUCUCUUUCUUUCAACAUUUCUCGAAUUUUCUGAAAUACCCUUGAAUUCUCUUUUUCGUUUCUGAAAACCCCUGAAAUUCUCCGACAAAGCCGUCAGCUUCUUUCUUCAAUUUGCCGAAAAAACCUCAUUUCUUUCUACUUUUUGUUGAAAACCCCCGAAUUGUCUCUUUCGUUACGGAAAACCACAAUUUCCGUUGAAAAACCCAACUUCCUGUCUGCCGAAAAUACCCUUGAUUUCGUUCCCUUUCUUCCCGGGAAUAACGCUAAUUCAGGUCUUUCUGGCGAAAUUUCCCAAAACCCUAAGAAAUUUUUAUUUUUAUUUUCUUUAUAUAUAUAAAUAUCCUUCUUGAAUUCCGGAAACACCCCUACAUUUACUUCUUCUUCAGUGGCAGAAACCGUAAUUUUCUUGAAUUCACCAAAAAAGCGAAAUUCCCAAAAUACCCUCACAUUUCAACCUGCUUCUUCAAUGGCGGAAACCAUUAUUUCUUCUUGAAUUCCACUGCAGAGAACCGAAAUUCACACGUUUUUUUCCCUAAAAUAUCCCUGAGAAAGGCCGGAAUUACCUCCGAUGGCGGACUCCGACAACGAGUCAGGUGGCGGGGGCUUCGCAGGUGGCGGCAACGCGAACAGCGAAUCUUCGCCGCGGGAGCAGGACAGGUUCCUGCCCAUCGCUAACGUGAGCCGGAUCAUGAAGAAAGCCCUCCCAGCGAACGCGAAGAUCUCGAAGGACGCGAAAGAGACGGUCCAGGAGUGCGUGUCGGAAUUCAUCAGCUUCAUCACAGGGGAAGCGUCCGAUAAGUGUCAGCGCGAGAAGCGGAAGACGAUCAACGGUGACGAUUUGCUGUGGGCCAUGACGACGCUGGGGUUUGAAGAGUACGUAGAGCCGCUGAAAGUGUACUUGCAGAAGUUUAGAGAGAUGGAGGGAGAGAAAAGCUCUAAGGAAGGAGGAGUAGGAGGAGGUGGUGGUGGUGUUGGUGGCGGCGGAGGGAGUGGCAAUGGUGUAAUUUCAGGGAAUAGUGGGGGUGGUUAUGAUGGUGGGGGGAUGUAUGGUGGUGGUGGUGGGACCAUGAAUAUGAUGAUGAUGGGCCAUCAAGGACAGAUGUAUGGUUCUCCAGCAGCACCAUCUUAUCACCACCAUCAGAUGGUUGUGGGUGGGAAGAGCACCGGUUCAGGUGGUGCUGCGGGUACUUCAAGCCAGGCAAGGCAAGGGAGGGGAUAACCAACUUAUCACGUAGUUCACCACCAUUUAAAAAUGGUGGUGAUUCAUCCCUCACGCACGUGGCACUCGUGUGGCUACCCAAACCAUCCAGAUUGUAGCGAUGGUGCUUGCUAUCUCGAUUUGGAUGGUCGUAUAACACCAUGUCCAUGGUGGGGAGUUAUGGCUUCUUUUAAAAAUGGUGGUGAACUAGCAUGGUUUUUUUUUGUUUUCCUUUUUUCUUUUUUUUUGUUUUUCUUUUUAUGGAGGGAAAGUAGAAAUUAAAAACGGAGAUGUGUAUGAUAUAUAUGUAAGUUUUUGAGUUUUGUAACUGGGGUGGGAUCUGGAAGCUUGUGUACCAUAGAUUUUACGAUGAUGGUGGUGAUCAUGAUCAACGGUCAUGAUGGUGGAUCUUGCUUGUGAUGGAUGGAUUAGAUUUUAUUUUAUUUUUUUCACAUUUUACCUUGAUGGGAUGUAUGUUGUUUCAUUUUUAAUCAAGGGCUGCGAUUUUGUGGACAAAUACAAAAUUGUGUAAGGCUUCUAUUCUAUGUUCA